UCCUUUGCACACCGCCCCCUGCGCCUCUCAACGACGCGCGGCGGCGCUGAGAGGGGCUCGGCCCAGGGGCACGCCGGCGAUUGGCGUGGGGGCGGGACCCGGGGGCGCGGCCGCCAGCGGAUUGGCAGAGUGCAGCGGGGGCGGGCUCGCGCAUGCCCAUAAGUGGCAGCGGCGGGGACGGGGUCAGUGCCAAGAUGUCGACCGCGGCGGUUCCGGAGCUGAAGCAGAUCAGCCGGGUAGAGGCGAUGCGUCUGGGGCCCGGCUGGAGCCACUCGUGCCACGCCAUGCUGUACGCCGCCAACCCCGGGCAGCUCUUCGGCCGCAUCCCUAUGCGCUUCUCGGUGCUGAUGCAGAUGCGCUUCGACGGGCUGCUGGGCUUCCCCGGGGGCUUCGUGGACCGGCGCUUCUGGUCGCUGGAGGACGGCCUGAACCGGGUGCUGGGCCUGGGCCUGGGCUGUUUGCGCCUCACCGAGGCCGACUACCUGAGCUCGCACCUGACCGAGGGCCCGCACCGCGUCGUGGCGCACCUGUACGCGCGGCAGCUGACGCUGGAGCAGCUGCACGCCGUGGAGAUCAGCGCGGUGCACUCGCGCGACCACGGCCUGGAGGUUCUGGGCCUCGUGCGGGUCCCGCUGUACACCCAGAAGGACCGUGUUGGAGGCUUCCCCAACUUCCUGAGCAACGCCUUUGUGAGCACGGCCAAGUGCCAGCUCCUUUUUGCCCUCAAGGUGCUCAACAUGAUGCCCGAGGAGAAGCUGGCUGAGGCCCUCGCUGCCGCCACCGAGAAGCAGAAGAAGGCUCUGGAGAAGCUGCUCCCAGCCUCCUCCUGAGGGUGGCCUGGUCUGCUGGCACCCUCCCCUGGGCUAGAAAGCUGGGAAUUCCUGCCAAGUGUGGCUUCUAGAGUGUUUGUACCCCGCUUCUGACUGACUGGGGCGAGUGGGCCUCCUGUCACCUCCACUGUCCCAAGCAGUCACUACGUAGUGGCCAGGCCAGCUGGGACCCAGCCCACCCUCUCAGGCUGGGCAGGGUGGUCUGGGCACCCUGGGUCUGCCUCUCCAGCUUCAGGAUGCUUUCAUUCCUGGGGCUCAAACCCUCCUUUGUGUGCAUCUCAUUGCAGCUGAUGGACGCCCAGGUAGUGCCUGAUUGUCUCACGGGGGAGGGGCACAGUUCUUGGACCACUCAGAAGACAGGAUAUGUGGGUGGAGGAUGCCUUGUCUAGGUCACUUCAUUCCUUCCUGAGCCAGUCCAGGGCCUAGGGGAGAGCCAGCGUGGGGUAGGAAAUUAAUCCUGUUAAUUUUGUUUGUUGUUGGAUUUACUUUGCUAGGUUUUCUUUCACCAUGUGUGAACUGUGGGUGAGGUUUCAUAGUAGCUUUGCCCCACGUGGCUUGAUUCCCAGGGACAGUCAGGGCCUUGGGGGCCCAGCGAUAUAUGGAUCUGUGGCAAGAGAAGGACAAUAAAGUCACUCAGCUGCUC